AUGUCGAACUCGAGCUCGAAUCAUUUCACCUGCCCGUCAGGCGGUACCUGGUACGUGUGCCCGGACGCGCCGUACUUCGUCGGCUGCUGCUCCUCGGAUCCAUGCACAAACGUCGACGCAAACAGCACCGCGCCAUGCCCCGACCUCUAUCCCGCCUCCUUUGACGGCUCUAUAUUCGAUAAGCUCUUGCCCAACUUGUGCAUCGGCUCCGCGAACACCAACUGGUAUACCUGCAACUCGACGCACCCGCCCUUCCUCGGCUGCUGCUCGAGUCGUGCUUGCGACCAGACCGGGGGGUGCCCGGCCGAUGAUUUACUUGCCGCUGCGUGGAGCUCGUCCCGUCAGGGUCAAUUCACCCUAUUCCAGGACGAGGGCACAGGCGAUGACAAUGAUAAAGGUAGUGGCGGAGGGGGUGGGCUAUCCGGCGGUGCGAUCGCGGGAAUCGUGGUUGGGGCUAUUGCAGCGCUGGUGAUUGUCGGAGCUCUCCUCUGGCUUUUCAUGCGGAGAAGGAACAAGAAGGCUGCUGCGAUGAGUGGACACGGGCGCACGCCAUCUGUUGUCGAGGGCGAGCAGCAGAGGAUGUAUCCAGGCGAAUAUGGAUAUCAGCAUCCAUCCCCGAUGUCGCCGUACCAUGACUCGCAAUACUCCAGCCCCUCCGGCACGACAACUGGGGCAGGAAAGAACCCAAAAUACAUGUCAACUUCCUCAGCAGGCAUCAGCCUGCCCUCGCUCUCUCCCGGACUACCCUCAGAAACCGGACGGUCAAUUCCAGAAUUGUACUCGAAUACCGGGAGCGAGGAUAUGUUGCAGCAGAAAUGGGCGCCAGGCCAGAACUACGGGCUCGGUGUGCAUGGAGCACAAAAAUCAGAGCCAAUACAGGAGUUGGACAGCAAUGUGGCCAAGGUGCAUGAGCUGGACGGAGGAAAUCGGACAUGA